UUUUGUUACACACGUCUCUAUAUCCGCAAUUCCGCCUUCGCUCCAUACAUCCUCGCCAUUCUCGCCUCCAUUCCCUCAACCACAGCCUCCAAAACCCCUCUAUCACUCUCAUCUCAACUGUCAUCUUCAACAAACCCACAUACGCAUCUCGAUUUCUAUACCAUCCACCAGAGCCUCGAAAUAACACCACUAUGACCCUCCCCGAAGUUUGCAAGCAAUUUGAACCUUAUUUCAUCUUGGACGAUGCGAAGCUCGUCGAUAUCGUCAAGCACUUCCGUAAGGAGAUGGAGGAAGGUCUUGCGAGCUAUGGAAAAGACAUGGCUAUGAUUCCUACCUUCGUUACUGGCGUUCCAGAUGGUACUGAAGAAGGCGUAUUCUUGGCUUUGGAUCUGGGAGGCACCAAUUUACGCGUCUGUUUGAUUCUUCUGCAAGGCCACAACCAAUUCAAGAUCAAACAGCAAAAGUAUAAAGUAUCAGAGGAGCUUAAAACGGGCCAGGCGCGGGUGCUCUUUGAUUACAUUGCAGAAUCUGUCGAUAACUUCCUUACCGAAGUUGAGAGUCACGAAGAUAUUGCUAUACCCGCCACCGGCGAGCCUAUGCAUCUUGGGUUUACCUUUAGUUUCCCUGUGGAACAAACUGCUAUUGACGCGGGCAAAUUACUUACAUGGACCAAGGGCUUCAACACGAAGAACGCUAUCGGCCACGAUGUCGUUCGUCUUUUACAAGACGCUUUCGACCGCAAGCACAUGCAUGUCCGAUGCAGUGCAUUGGUUAAUGACACUGUGGGCACCCUUCUUUCCCGCUCAUAUCAGAGUGGUCCUGCUCUCAUCGGUGCCAUUUUUGGCACUGGUACAAAUGGUGCCUAUAUCGACAAGACACGAACCAUCAGCAAGUUGGGCAAAGAAAAAAUUGAGGACGCCGAAGAGGGCGGCGAGCAUGCUGGAGAAUUUAUGGUCGUCAACAUGGAAUGGGGAGCGUUUGACAACAAGAGGCAGUGCCUACCUAUCUCCAUUUUUGAUAAUAAACUGGACCGAGAAAGCAUAAACCCGCGGAAGCAAGCUUUCGAGAAACUGGUGUCCGGCAUGUACCUAGGUGAAAUCACUCGUAACAUGCUUCUCUACAUGAUUGAUUCCUCUCUCCUCUUCGGGGGUCACUCCAGUGAGAUUAUCAACACGCAUUAUGGCUUCGACACUUCUUUCGUCUCUGGUAUUGAAGGAAUCUCUUCUCCCGAGGAGGUAAAAAAGUUAAUCGUCAAGGAACUCAAGGUUGACCCAAAGCACGUUACGGAUAAGUGUCCCGAGAUUGUUCAGUGGGCGGUACGAUUGGUUUCCGACCGAGCUUGCAAGCUUGCCGCCUGCGCUAUUGCAGCUGUUGUCCUUCAUACAGGCAAUGACAAGGCUCCAGAGGGUGAGGAAGACAAGGGUGUGGAUGUUGGUGUGGAUGGCAGUGUUGCCGAGUUCUUACCCAUGUUUAGUGAGAGGGUGAUGGCCGCAUUGAAGGCUAUCCUCGGUGAGAAGAGUGCGGCAAGGGUGAAGUUGGGACUGGCCAAGGAUGGGAGUGGUGUCGGUGCGGCUCUCACUGCACUCCAGGCCAAGAAGGCAUUAGAUCGGCGAUCAGACAGGUCAAUCAAGUUCGUCCCUGGCGAACGUGGACCUUAAAAUAAGACACCUAGCAAUUUUUUGUACCGUACCUUACUUUAUCUACCUGUUUCGCUCGCGCAUGUGUGAAUAUGUGUCGUUUCGGCCUUUAUUUUGGCGUUGUGAGAAGUAGCAAACCAAAGAUGGAGAUCAUCUGUCAUCUUGAGCCUGGAAUACCGCUGAUGCCAUAUUUUCUGAUGCAUUAGCUUGUCAAACAUU